AUGCCAGAAGAAAAAAUGGAGAUUCGCCUAGACGCGGAUCCAAACGAUGAGCUUUAUCAAGCCUUUCAAGGUGUAAAUUCAAUUCUUGUUGUAGUGGGAGAAAUUAUGGAAGAAUAUCCAUAUCAAAAGUCUACCGCGAUUCAGCAGCUGAAACAAGGAGAUCGACAAGUACCUAUUGAAAUUCAUAAGCGAAGUAAAGAUUCAUCCCAUAAUCAGACACUUUUUGAACAAAUUAUUUCCAGGAUUUCAGAGGGGGAACAGGAUAAGACGUCAGGAAAUUUCGUCCAAGAAUGGCAAAAUGUUUAUAAAAAUUUUAAACAAGAUUUUGAAGAAGCGGAUAUCGCUUCAGGAAUAGCUUAUGUCUUAGCUAUAAAAGAUGAUGAAGAAUUGCAAUUAUCUGAAGAUGUAGAAAACAUGUUAUAUACUAAAGACGAAAAGUGGCUUACAAGCCAUAAGAGUCUUCAAGAUGUGCGAAUUAUCUUAUUCAAGGAUUUUGUCGGUUUUUACGUUUAUGUUGCAUAUUCUAACUUUAGCAUCUUGCACGAGUCUGCUUAUAAUUUGAAUCAAAAGAAUACCAAAGAACUCAAGGCCGGCAUGGUAUUAAAUUUGUUUAUUGGAUUUAUAGAUCUUGAAAAUCCAAAAGCCACAGACGAGAAGAAUCAGAGGCGCAAGAAACAUCAAGAAGAAUUGGCAGCUCGGAAACAAGCUGAUGGGCUCGCCAGGUUCAGUGAAAAAUCUAAUGAAAAGGCCAGUCAGCAUAAAGCUGUUUUUAGAUCAUUUGAAAGUUAUAAAAGAGACACUGCACUUCCAAAAGAAGUCAAGGAUUUGAAGAGCGAAUCAAUUAUUUUACCGGUUUUCGGAUUUGCAGUCCCUUUUCAUAUAUCUACAUUGAAAAAUGUGAACAAGUCGGAAGAAGGAGAAUAUGUUUAUCUACGUUUAAAUUUUUUGACUCCGGGUCAAGCUACAGGAAAAAAGGAAGAUAAUCCUUUCGAUGACCCAAGUGCAACUUUUGUUAGGGCUUUCACAUAUCGUAGUACAGAUCAAUUAUUAUCUGAAAUUUAUAAAAAAAUUAUUGAUCUCAAAAAAGCUGCUGCUAAAAGGAAGGAGAUGGCAGAUUUGAUAGCUCAAGAUAAGCUGAUUGAAAUAAAAGUCACUAAUUUUUUUAAAAAAUCUGAACAGGAUAUACAAUUUUACCGUGAAGCAUCAGAUGUACAGUUUGAUGAAACAGGUAAUCGAAAGAGGAAAUAUCGCUACGGUGAUGAAGAUGAGCUUGGGGCUGAACAGGAAGAACGACGCAGAAGAGCACUUCUGAACAAAGAAUUCAAACAAUUUGCCGAAAAGGUUUCCGAAGCGAGCGAAGGACGAGUUGAUGUUGAUAUUCCAUUCCGUGAAAUUGGUUUUCAGGGUGUUCCUUUCAGAACAAAUGUCUUGUUACAACCCACAACAGAGUGUCUUGUUCAUCUUACGGAUCCACCAUUUUUGGUCGUCCCACUAGCCGACAUCGAAAUCGCACAUCUGGAACGCGUUCAGAAUGAAGAUUCUGCUGCAUCUUCGGAUUCUGCAAGUGAAUACAUGCAAAGUGAAGAAUCUUACGAAGAAAGUUCUAGUGACGGUAGUAGUUUUGAUGAAGAAGCAUCCGAUGUUAAUGGUUCAGAAUCUGAGGAAGAAAGUGACGAAUCAGCCCCAGAUUGGGAUGAACAUGAAGAAAAGGCCCGCAGAG